AUGACUGUGGAGACGUUUGUGCUUGACAACAGAUCAAAGUCUGGCUCUUCUGCCGCAUAUGAACUGCAUCUUGUGCCGUGCAAGAUUGGCAUAACAGGAUCUACUACCGAGCUUUCAAACAACUUUGCAAAAGACGCUAAGGAAUCGAGCAGCUCCGAAAACAAGGCCGUCACCUACAUCCGUGGGCGUAAAAUUGUUGGAAAAACCGUGGAGCCUCUGAAUGACACCCACAAAAUAGUGGUCGUUGAACAACUCGCCCAGAGUGAUUCCUCCAAAGAGUACCAGCAAGCGGGUGAAAUAUCCCAAAUAUACAACUACGAACGUGAGGGCAACGAGCACCGACUACACGAGGAAAUGCAGAAAUUUCAGGAGUUUUUGGAGCUAGCUGAACUGAUCCAUCAGUGA